CGCUUGCUGUACACCUACAACUAUGGCAGCUCUGGAGUUGUGAUGUUCAUUUUUGUUGUGUAAAUAAUCGUAUUUUUUCUUUUUAAACAACCUUUUCCUUGAGACUCCUCUUUACUUGACCCAAUAAGGACAUCAGAGCCCAGACCACCAUGCCGUCCGGCUGUGACCCCCUGAUCGAAGACAUUGAGGAUAUGGUGUCUUUCAAUGACCCCACUCCUCAUGACAGACAGUCCGCAAGAAAGAGUAUCAUGCCAAGGUCUAGAAAGAAGAAAGAGCUUCUGAGCAACGAAGAGCUCCAAGCAGACAGUUUGAUCCCCGGCACCCAAAAGAUCUGGAUGAAAACGUGGGGCUGCAGUCACAACAACUCGGAUGGAGAGUACAUGGCCGGACAGCUUGCAGCCAGCGGGUACAAGAUGACUGAUGACCCAGCAGAAGCGGACUUGUGGUUGCUCAACAGCUGCACCGUGAAAAACCCUGCAGAGGACCACUUCAGAAACUCAGUCAAGAAAGCCCAGGAGCAGCAGAAAAAGGUGGUUGUUGCUGGUUGCGUUCCCCAGGCUCAGCCGCGGAUGGACUACCUCAAAGGUCUCAGCAUUAUUGGGGUCCAGCAGAUUGAUCGAGUGGUGGAAGUAGUGGACGAGGCUGUUAAAGGUCACUCUGUCCGCCUGCUGGGGCAGAAGAAAGAUGGCGGAAGGCGACUAGGAGGUGCGAGACUGGACCUGCCGAAGAUCAGGAAGAACCCCCUGAUUGAAAUCAUCUCCAUUAACACUGGGUGCCUGAAUGCAUGUACCUACUGCAAGACAAAACACGCUAGAGGAGACUUGGCCAGCUAUCCCAUAGAGGAACUGGUGGAAAGAGCCAGGCAGUCCUUCCAGGAGGGAGUGUGUGAGAUCUGGUUGACGAGUGAAGACACGGGUGCUUAUGGCAGAGACAUAGGGACAGACCUGCCUACCUUGCUGUGGAGGCUGGUGGAGGAGAUUCCUGAAGGAGCCAUGCUGAGGCUGGGUAUGACCAACCCGCCCUAUAUCCUGGAACAUCUGGAGGAGAUGGCAAAGAUUCUGAAUCAUCCGCGUGUUUAUGCCUUCCUUCAUGUUCCUGUGCAGUCGGCCUCAGACAGUGUCCUGAUGGACAUGAAGAGAGAGUACUGCAUUGAUGACUUCAGAAGAGUUGUGGACUUCCUCAAAGAAAGAGUACCCGGGGUAACAAUUGCUACAGACAUAAUCUGCGGAUUUCCUGGUGAGACGGAGGAGGACUUCCAGGACACCUUAGAGCUCGUGAAACACUAUCAGUUUCCCAGUCUGUUCAUCAACCAGUUCUACCCGAGACCCGGUACACCUGCUGCUAAGAUGGAGCAAGUCCCAGCACACGUGAAGAAGCAAAGGACUAAAAAGCUCUCGGAACUCUUCCAUUCGUACAACCCCUACGACCACAAGGUGGGAGAGAGGCAGUUUGUCCUGGUGACAGAGGAGUCUUUUGAUACCCAGUACUAUGUUUCCCACAACACCUUCUACGAACAGGUGCUCGUACCUAAAAGGGCUGAAUUCAAAGGGAAGAUGAUUGAAGUAGACAUCUACGAGGCAGGAAAACACUUCAUGAAGGGGCGACCAGUCGAAGACAGCGAGCCAUUCACUCCCUCCAUUGCUGCGCCUCUUCAGAAAGGGGAAGUGUCUGGUCUAAUGCGGGAACCCACGGCCAAUGGAGUGAAAGGAGCCGCGUCUGUGGCGCCUGACCCGGGGCUCCUGCUCGGCUCCUACAGUCUGGACAGAGAACUGCUGAAGAAACUGGGGAUAGGCUUUGCACUAGCAGCCGCCAUCUUGGCUUUUAUUGUCGAGAAGCUGUGUCGAAUGUACUGAAUCAAGAAACCAUUAGGAAAACGGCAAGAUUGAAGUCGUCACAAAAGAUGUUUUAUCCGCGCAGGUUUGGUGUUUUUGAUUGGAAUCGGCAGCAUCGAGGCUCUGUUGUCUUUGUUCACCGCUUGGUGCGUCCUGAUAUUUCUAACGCUGUGCAGCGAUUCACAGAUCAACCAGGAACAGCUGAAUGGAUUUUUCACUUCCUAGCUCGGCCAUGGCUCUGAUGGCAAGCGCUAACGCAUUUUAUUAUGUGAAAAUGAGACAUUUUCUGUCCUUUUUACAUUCAUUUCAGAGUAUUUAUUUUUACAAUCUAGCAAGAUAUUUUUAGAGCUGCGUAAUAAAUCUCAUUCAGUUUUUUCUUGUUUACUUCUGGUUCAAAGCAUUGAUGUUUUUACCUUCAGGAAAAAAAAGUAAAAAUGUUAAAAUACCUGUAAUAUACAUAUUGUUUGAAAUAACAUGCCCAGAAUGGUAUAAUUUCCUCUCGGUUUAUUGCUACACGGCACAUUGAGAGUGAUUUGUUUUUUUCCUGUACUCUCUGACCUUCCCUCCUUCCUACAUAAAGAGAGCUUUUGUUGAUCCUCUCCUAUCUGC